AUGUUGCCUUACAAGUUCCCGAACAUGUCCUCGACCACUACCUUGACCCUUCCAUUGAGAACUGCGCCACCAAAGUCAGUUACUCUUGACCCCUAUUUCACCCUCCUCUACGAAGACAACAAGAAGGCCUUGAAACACUUCCUUGAUAACAAAGUGCCCCUUCCGGUUAACGACAUUCUCGCAACCCCAAGACUUGUCGAAUACCUUCUGAGCAAAGAACCCGGUCCAAAAGUCCAGUACGAAAACCUUCGGCCUGCUCUGACUGCCAUUCGCUCCUUCUUGCUCAGCUCUCCUGGCGGCAAAAAGCUUUUGGCAUUCUACAAACACCUCCUGAAAGUUCAAGGUCGCUGGUUGAUGACAACUGCUGAAUUGAUCGGCUUCGAGCUCUACAUCAAGCUCACCCAUGCCCUCUUCAUCUCCCGUGAUGAUAAGAAGCUCUUGGCCCAUUUUGUGAAGGUCAUCCCAGGGGCUGUCUCCAAAGUUGCAAACUACACCGACAUCGACCGGGCUACCUUUGACGCCUUGCUCAAUCUCGAAAAGAACCGACUUCAGGAGGCGAGCACCACUGCAACGGACAACCUCUUCAAUUUCAAAGUCUCCAAGGAAUUUUACCAUACCCAUGGCAAACUUCUCACUGCCAUUGAGAUCCACGAAGCCAAACUUGAGGAACUUCGUGAGAGAGCUGCCCGCCGUAAAGCCGAACGCCAGGCAAGAAUCCGAGCUGCCUACGCAGCCAACGCAGUCACUUUCAGCCGGCAGAUGGGUAUGGCGGGUAUGAUACCCUACCAUCCGCAAGUUGAAGCCUCUGUCUGUCAAUAUGCUAAGGAGAUUUGUGAGGAGUUUUUCUCUUUCAAUGGCGAACCAGAAACUGAAGAGCCCGUCGUGUAA